CCUCAAUUGUCGACAAUCUUCUAAAGAAAAGUAUAGCAUGCCAAUUUUUAUCCUUUAUGGCAACCACCAUUUUUGACUUUGAAGUACAAGUCUUAACCAACAUUAUCGCAUUGAUCGAAUUCCCAAAACAAGAACCCUUUAAACCAAGAUUUUACAUCCUGCUUCUCCAUCAAUCAUGAAUCCUGUUUUUCACAGCUUUUCGUCGUCUCUGAAGAGCAUACCUACAGCAUCAUCAUGGUUCGAGGCCUAUGUAGCCCUCUCCACAUGUAUGAUGCUUUUGCAAACUGCGACCAAUCAAUUCAUACCGUUGAAUGUCCGAUCAUUCAUCAUCUCCAGAUUGAAGAGCUACUUCUUUGGCACUUUUGCUGAUAGCUCUUCUCGCAUCACCAUCACUGAGAUCUGGGAGAAUAUGGGUCGCAACGAACUCUAUGAUGCCGUCAAAGAAUACCUACCUUCCAAGAUCAGCCGCGCAAACAAGAACUUUAGAGUCGGCAAGUUGGGAGGAGGUAAUAAGAAGAUAGCAAUUGCAAUCGAAGGUGAAGAAUCUAUCGUUGAUGUCUUUGAAGACAUGAAGCUCACAUGGAGAUAUUUCCAUCAGAAAGAUCAGCAGCAGCAACAGCCGAUAAAUCCAUCAUCUCGUAAGCAAACGAUCCCGAGUCCUACUGAUCAAUCAGACGCAAGGCCCAAGUAUGUGCUGAGUUUUGAUGAAAAUCAUAGAGAGAAAGUCAUUGAUUCUUAUCUGCCUCAUAUCUUGAACAAAUACAAGGCCAUGAAAGAAGGGGAGAAGGUUUUGAAGCACUACACGAGGGCGAGUAGGUCAUGGGAAUCAUCCGAACUGGGGCAUCCAGCAACAUUCGACACGAUUGCCAUGGAACCCGAGUUGAAGAAGGCUAUUCUGGAUGACCUGGAUCGGUUCUUGAGGAGGAAGAGUUUUUACAAAAAGGUUGGGAAAGCUUGGAAGCGCGGCUAUCUGAUGUAUGGGCCUCCUGGAACUGGGAAAACCAGCCUCAUUGCAGCCAUGGCAAAUUACUUGAAGUUUGAUGUCUACGAUUUGGAGCUCAGCAAUGUUAACUGCAAUGCCGAUCUGAGGAUGUUGUUGCGUAAUACGUCUAAUCGUUCCAUUCUUGUGAUUGAGGACAUAGAUUGCACUAGAGAGGUCCGGGAUCGAUCCGAAAAAGAUGAUGGUCCUCUAAAACGCGAGUUUAAAAGGUUCAGUGAGUUCACACUCUCAGGUCUAUUAAACUCCAUAGAUGGUUUGUGGACAAGCAGCUCAGAGGAGCGAAUCAUUGUGUUUACUACCAAUCACAAAGACCAAAUAGAUCCGGCAUUGUUACGUCCGGGUAGAAUGGACAUGCACAUUAACUUGUCCUUCUGCACCGUUAAUGGGUUUCGAAUUUUAGUUUCCAAUUACCUUGACGUUCAAAGUCACCCACUCUUUGAACAAAUUGAACACUUGUUGGAGAAAGUACAGGUCACUCCUGCAGUAGUGGCAGAAGAAUUAAUGAAGGGUGAUGAUGCUGAUGUUGUUCUUACUGGACUUGUUAAUUUCCUCAAACAAAAGGAGAUGGAGGGCAAUGAAACGAAGGAUGUAGUCGAUGAAAAUGAAAUCCAACUCCGAAAAUCAAAGAAGAUGAAAAUUGAAGACGAAGACGAAGAUGAAGAUUUUUGAUGGCAAACAAAGAGUAGACUAGUAUGAAAGAGCUCAAAGAAGGGGGAGUAAAGAGAGCCCUAUAAUCUUACUAUGAUAUAUAUAACGAUGAAGUAAUUCUAGAACCUAGUUUAUCUUAAUGAAAUGAUGAAUUGAGCCUGAAUUAAUUUACUUGAAUGUAAUCCGAAAUAAUUCUUCAACAUCUACUGAUCACUAGAGGUGUACAAG